AUGGUCACUCUAAAUAAAGAAAAAAUAAUUCCUUGCGAUUUUAGUAAAUAUAAUUUAAGCGACACCGGUUUUUUUACUCCUUUGCCAAUUGAUGUUGUUCGAUUAUGUCUUACUUCAUUUCCAUAUGACCCAAAAAAUGGAAAAGAGAUUAUUUAUUCAAUCGCAAAAACACUAGCCGGAUAUUAUGUGUUUUUGGACUCUGCUCGCGGAAAACCAAAUCCGGGCAACACGUACGAUGCAAUAGAUGUUGUGAAUAGUCUUGAGGCGUUACUAAAGCGAGAAUUCAAAACUGAUUACGAUUUCACGCUCAACGUAACGGACAUACUAGAUCAGUUAAAGGAUGCUCACACUCAAUUUCGUCCUUUUUGCUACAAAAAUUUUGUCUUUCUUCAAGGGAUAGAUCUCUAUUCUGUCGUCGAUUCUAAUGGACAACAGUCUAUAAAAGUUUUGGAUGACUUUUUUGACCAUACGAAUAAGGAUUGCAAUAUACUGCAAAUUAAUGGUGCACCCGCAUUACAGGCAAUUAAACAGUAUGCAGAUAAAAAUAUUGGGCUUGUACGUGAUCUCGGAGUCCGUUUCAAUCUGGCUCUCACUUCUCUUUCAUUCAAAGGGUCAAAGGAAUUCUCUAAUUACUUUAGCCGACGCCAAUAUUUACCACCAACCAAUGAAAUUUCUUAUACGUUGCUAUGCAAUGGAAAAAAAAAGAAUGUCAUACGCGCAUGGACAGCCUGCGGAUAUAAUAACGCUAUAAGUUCUGUCAAAAAUUCCAAAGCAUACUGGAACCAAAAUUGCUUGCCAAGUUCUGAUACACAACUACAAUACAGAGAUUUAAAGUCCGGGUUUACGACACAAGGACGAUUAACAACAGAAGAUAACAUUUGCGGAACGAUUAAUCCAUCCAUCAUAGAAUCAAUUGAUGAGACCA